AUGUCCUCCGUCAACGAUAACGCCCCCUCGCCGCAGCCGGCCGAUGGGCUGAGCAAGCGCAAGCAAGGCUCCGCCGCUUGCGUUCAUUGUCACCGGCGCAAGGUUCGCUGUGAUGCCCGUUCAGUCGGAACACCCUGCACAAACUGUCGCGCUUCUGGAAAAACCGACUGUCGUAUACACGAAAAGAAGAAGCGCCUUGCAGUGCGCUCUAUCCUUGAUCCCGUUCCAAUCCGAUCUCGGCCUCUACCAUUGACCGAUCAAACAUCAAACCCUUCUCUUGCCGCGGGAACGCCGGUACCACCGAGCUUUCCAACCGCUUUCCCAAACGGACAUGGGACUUCUGCCUCGGGAGGUCUUCCACAACAUGGAUUUCCGCAAGGUACGGGACCAGAGGCAUUCGGCCGUCAAGGCCCUGAUUUGGCGCAUGCCCAGGAGGCCCAUAGUGAGAUGCAACAACAUCUCGUCAAAUUGAUUGAUGAAGAGGAAUCUGGAAGAAGGGAAAUUCAACGCGGCGUGCGCGCGUUCUACGUUGGACACGAACUCUCAAACAUGUCCUUUUUGAUCCGACAACAACGAGAUCAAGACGAUGAUGUCUAUCAUUUUGCCAGCAAUGAAAUUCCGCGGCGCCAAAUGAAGACGGGCCAUGACCAGCUUCUUAUGGACGCUCUCACACUCCCAGAACCGCCUUUGGCAGACGAGCUGGUUCAGGCGUAUUUCACCUAUGUCAAUCCAGGCUAUCCCAUCGUCGACGAAGAUCUAUUCAUGACGCAAUAUCGAAAUCGGGACCCUGCAGAUCCCCCACCCAUACUACUCCUCCAAGCGAUUUUGCUGGUUGGAGCCCACGUCUCUCGCGGCAAACUAGAGCGGGAUGCUCUUAAGGAAAUAUUCUUCCGUCGUACGAAGUACCUAUUUGACAACCGGAUUGAGCGAAAUCGCGACAUCCUUGUUCAAGCAGCACUUCUUUUGACCUGGCAUUCUGACAGCGCGGAUGACGAUGUCGCCGCAGACGCUCAUUUCUGGGUAGGUGCAGCGGCACGAAUUGCUACAGGACUUGGCAUGCACCGCAACCCCGUUUCGAGCAGCUUCGUGACCCGUGACAGGCGCAUGUGGAGAAGAGUAUGGUUUAUCCUAGUCCAGUUCGACGUGAUGGUAUCUCUGUCAUAUGGUCGACCGCAGGCUAUCAAUCUGGACGAUUCCGAUGUGUCUCCGUUAACGCCAGCGGAUUUCGAGAACUGUGGCCCGCACGUGCAAGCCGAAUACGUGAUGAACUUCACUGAACUGUGCACAAUGAUCUCGUAUCUCAUUCGCGAUCGAUUCGGCCUGCGGACCACAGAGGAGCGACGAAAGGCAGUCCUCCAGGAAGCAGAUGGAUCCUUGGCCACAUGGUCUCUAAAACUUCCUGAUAAUCUCCGACUACGAGCGUCUGACAUGGAUCCUUGGUCCGCAAUGCUCCACUUGACCUACAACAAUUUCCUCAUUCUGCUGCAUCGACCACAUCCCAGAGCUUCAGCUUAUUCCGAUGAUUAUGGCCCUCACGACGCAGAAAUUUGCAGCGCUGCUGCUGGUGUUAUAGCCUCUAUCUUUGAAGAGCUAAGGAUGAAUGAUCGCUUGAAGUUCCUCUGGUAUACAGGCGUUCACACGCUCUUCACCGCCAUGAUCCAAGUUCGAGUAGAGCUGCGGUUCUCAAACCCAGUUCUUGCCAUCAACGCUUUGCGACGGUUUGACUCUGCCUCUUACUCGCUGCGCGAAUUGGCUCAAUACUGGGUCCAUGCAGGUACGAUCUUGCGACUCUUUGAGGACUCCAAACGCCUACAAGAGGACCUCCGAAUGGCAACUACGGAACGACCCAAGCCCUUUGGCGAGCCCCAUUCACACAAAAUGCCAAUGCCCAUUGCAUCUCCCGUCCCCUCAAUCACCAUGCACACCCCUCGAGCACUCUCUUUUGGUGUGCCCACCCCAGAGUCGACCACAUCCCUUCAGUCUUCUCUACACCAAAAUACUCUCUCACCGCAGCCCAAUCCUCCGCAAUUCAACAAUUGGAUUGCUCCUCUCCGACUCAACGUCGGCCCUAUGGAAAGAAACGAUCCUUAUUCAAGCAGCAUGCAGGUGGAUUCUAUAGAGCCGGCUCGAGACUAUCCCGACUGGCGACAAUUGUUCUCCUUUGGAGACAUAGACCUACCCCCGCCUGCGGGAGUCGAAGGUCUGCCCGAGCUUGAAGACGAGUGGCGGCAGAUCUACUGGCAGGAUGCUCCAAUGGCAGACCUCAUCCACGACGGUGGAUGGGGUCAUGGAUAG